GUGUUUGGGAAUCUAUAUGCUUCGAUUUUCCUGCCUUUGCAAUAUCUCUUGUUCUUUUACACAGACCUAAAAUCACGUAUGUAUUUUACCCUGCAGCUUCGUGACUUCUGUUGAAAAUAAACUGCUGUGUCUCUGGUUGUUAUCAUCACGGAAUAUCUCUGGUUGAUAUUUUGUCUAAUUAACAGAUAUCUGCAAUAUGUCAGAUUCAUUUUAACGAGAGAUUUUGCAAACUGAACCCUUGUACUCCAAAAUCCCACCCUAAUAAGAUUGUAUCCAAUGAGACUAUUAGGCUAUUUUGAGUAAGAACCAAUCGAAACGCGUCUCCCAUCUCUACUUCCGGGUUUGGUUUAUUUACGUUUUUCAUCUAUUGUUGACCAUGGCAGCGGAGGGGGACUUUCUGAUGAGAUAUCGUGCUGUAUCAAAUAAAUUGAAAAAACGUUUUCUUCGGAAACCCAAUGUAGCAGAAGCAAGUGAGCAGUUUGGUCAGUUGGCUAAAGAGCUGAAGCAGCAAGACUGCCUUCAGUAUGCAGCCUUCUGUGACCUUGCAAUGGCAAGGUGUGAGCAGACUCUUUUCAAUGCUCCUGGGGAGGCCCUGGCCCUGACCGAUGCUGCCCGGCUCUUCCUGCUCUCUGAGAAGGAGAACAGAGCACUACAAGCCCCAGGCUUCGACGAGCACCUGCAGGCCGCACUCAACUGCUACAGCUUCGCCAUCAAGGUGUACAUUGAGAUGAACCAGCCUGUCAUGGCUGCCAGUCUAUCCCUGGAACUUGGCAAUGCCCUCAAGGAGAUGAACAGACCAGGUGAGGCCAUAGUUCACUACCAGAGAGCAGCAGAACUCCAGACACAGCAGCCCAUUGAGUCUCUGCUGUCUAUGGGAGAGAUGGCCACCUGCAAAAUACUCACCCGUGACUAUGACGGCGCGCUGUCCGUGCUGACAGAGAUGCAGCUGAUGUGUCAGGAGAGGGGACUGCAACUGCCCGGCACCAGCACCCCUGUUGGUGCAUUUCUGGACAUUGUGGCCAAGUGUGAGAUUUCUAGAGUACUUUUGCUGAUGCUGCUUGAGCCUCCUCCCCAGAAGUUGUUGCCAGAGCAUGCCCAGACCCUGGAGAGAUACGCCUGGGAGUCGUUUGACCCUCAGAGUCAGGUGACCUUCCUACCUGAGAAUGUCUUCCUGCUCCUGCAGUCAGUUGUGAUGGCCUGCCAGGAAAAAGACACAGAGUCCCUCAAGUCUCUUCAACCUGAACUCUGGCCUCUUCUCUCAGCAGAGCAGAACCACCUCCUUCACCUGGUGGUGCAAGAGCGGAUCACCCCCUCUGGACAGGGGAUUUAGUACAGUCCAGAUCAACUCACUACACCCCCUCGGAAUGACACAUAAUGGAACAUUCCUGUCUCUGUCUUUGGUCUGUUGUAGGGCCUCUUGAAUAAUGUGGGGUUGUCUUUUCUAAAAAAAACAUGGGAACCGGACCAAGCAUGUCGUUGGACAUACUGUACAUCUUACUGCAUCCCCUGUUAUGCCUAUUAGUGGUCGCAGGAUUGCUCUCGUGGUGAAGUCUUGCAUCAAAUAGUUAUUUAUUGGAAAUAUGUUGAAUAGAUGAAAUAUGAAUGAAAAAUAUGCUUUUUUCUAGCGUUUUUAUUUUGUUAAUAAAUUGUAUAGUCUGAACAAACAUGGCUUAAAUUCCAAUGUAAUUACAAAACAGAAUCCCUCUACUGCAUUAUAAUAAAUGGUGAUAUUACAUACACCGCAUUGA